CCGCCACAGUAGAAAUAGCUUCAACAAAUCGCUGUAAAGUCGAGAAGAUUCCGCAUUGCUAGCGAAGUCUUCCACGUCUCGCCCACAAUGAAACCACUAUCCAUCGCCGCACUGCUUACCGCCGGGGUUGGACUUGUCACAGCGACAACUUCACCAUCUAGCAAUGUGCUCGACGACAUCAUCGCACGAGGCUAUCUCCGAGUGGGCACGACAGGAGACUACGCCCCCUUCACUCACGUCACCAAGCUCACCAACUCGACUACCGGAACCGACCUAAUCGGCGCCGACAUCGACAUGGCGGAAUCGCUUUCCAGCGCGCUCGGUCUCACAUCGCCUCCCAUCUUCGUCAAAACGGUCUGGGCCAAUCUCGCCACCAACAUCUCCACAGGCGCUUUCGACAUCGGCAUGGGCGGCAUCAGCAUCACGCUCGCCCGCGCACUGAAGGCCUUCUUCUCAACACCCGUCCUGCGCGUGGGAAAAGUAGCUUGUGUGCCGUGCAGCCGGGUCAGCGAGUUCUCCUCCCUCGCAGCCAUCGACCGUGCGGGCAUCAAAGUGGCGACGCCUGCCGGAGGCAGCAACGAGGCGUUUGACCGCGCGAACUUCCAGACGGCGGAGAUCGUCGUGUAUCCGGUCAAUUCGGACAUUUUCCGGGCGUUGCUGAACGAGACCGCUGAUGUGGUCGUCACGGAUCGAGUGGAGGCGGAGCUCUGGGCGGGCUUGUAUCCGGAUGUGUUGUGUGCUGUUCAUGCUGAGACGCCGUACAGCUUCGAGGAGCUCGGGUACAUAAUGCCCCGGGAUGUGGUCUGGCAGAACUUUGUGAAUGAGUGGUUGAGGAUUCAGCAGGGGAGUGGGGCGUGGAAUUCCACUAUGGCGGCGUGGAUGAAAUAUGACUGGGGUCUUUGAGCGCGGGGAUGAGUUUAAUGAAGGUGUG